GUAAAUUUCGAAGAAUGGCUGGUUCAACAACAUACGAACAAAACCUAAGCUCUCUGUACUCAGUCUACUGUAUCGUCUGUAGGUACGAAGUAUACUAGUAAAUUCGUACUUGGUAAGCUUUUAAACCCCGUGCCGUACGAAGUGCGGAUGGGAUUUAUGUGAAUUCAAAUGAGAAUUCGAAACCGAUUACAAAAAUCGUUUAUCUGCCUGAGCUGCCUCAAAAGUAACACAGAUACGACUUUUGUUAAUAGGGUAGUCGAACUGUCGAAGUCCCAAAAACCAUGCGGCGAUCUCACGAAACACAGUCCCCACAAACUCCCUCGACCGACGCAGCCUGCAAACCCACCAGCAAGCUGAUCAUGGAAAUCUUGAAUAAAACGCGCGCAGAGCAACUGUGCCGCAGCAACUCGAUGGUCCACGGGUCCGAUGUGCCCAGCCACAUGCAGAUGUACCGUCAGACCCUGUAUCUGGCGCUGCAGCACUUGGGCAAGGAGCUGGGCGUGGAUCUGCAGCGAUCCGAUGGCAGUCUGACGGCAUACAACGACAGGAAAGUGGACGCGACGGCCUGGUCGUUUUCACUGCAGCAGCUGGACGAUGUGGUUGGCCGGUGGGGGAAAAUUAAUUUUGAUCCGCCCAGAUGGAUGACCACUCCAUCAAGCGACCGUCAAUGGGAGAGAAACUUUCAACAGAAUGCCGUCAGUCUCUGGGAGGUGGCCAUUAGGAAGACGCUCAAUAUUGGACCGAUGGGAAUGUCUGGCUAUCGAAUGCAGCAUCGCGGAUUAAUGCAGAUCGCUUGCUUACCGCACAUCGACUACUGGUCGGUCUACGUUGCCGUGUCCCGCUGGAAGACGGGAAUGUUCCCCGAUAUUGGCUUUUCCCUGAAGCCGGAGACGUAUCAUCUGACGUUCCUCUGUAAUCGCUACAAUAACGAUCUGGAUGCCGUUGUCACGGCAUGCCGUCAAGCGACGCUCCUGAAUACCUUCGAACCAAUGGAUCCUCGAAUGUGCACUCCUAGCGCGCAAUCAUUUUUUCCUCCACAUUACGGUGGAGCUGGUGCACCGCAGAAGGAUGCUGUUGUCAUCAAAACAACCCCGCAACCGUGCAGUUUGCAUGAUCUAAGAUUACGUAUGAGCGGCCACACCGGUGUCGAUCCUUAUAUGCAGCAUCUGUGCUGCUAUGAAGAUCUGCCUACUAGCGGGGAAAGUUUAUCGGACAGUGAGAGUGACGGUGAUGUCUCGUCCGAGGAAUUGGAGCGUCAGUAUCUGGAAAUGGAAAGGGACAUUGAAGGGGAGUUAGGCGACGAUCCACAGUGUUUAUUCGACAGCAGGGAUUAUCAGAACUAUUACUGAUCCAGUGAACGGUUCCUUAUUCGAGGGAUCGGCCGUUUGCACCGUGAUCGAGUAACGAGAAGUGGGGAAAUUUGUUGCGAACUGAUUUCAAGGCAGAUAUUAGGAUAUGUGGGAUGUUGCGUUUAUCGCGGGAUCGUUAAAGAGAUUAGCGUAUGGUUGCAUUUACGGUUGUACAAAAUGCAAAUGUGAGACAUGCGCGAAAUGGAACUAACGCCCUUUUAUUCCGAAAUAAUUCUGUAAUAAGGUGAUAAUGCCAAAUAAUGUCAGUAUUUUGAGAUUGUUUUCUAACAGUUCAUGACGGUGUUUUUCAAAACAGAAUGCGCUGCAUUAAAAAAAUU